GACGUUUCUCUUGUCGUUUAGUUUAUUUUGCUUGUCUUAUUUUCCGCAUUUCAUUCCAUUUAUAAUAGUUGUAUACGAGUUUUUUAUAUUAUUUGUAAUCAGUCUCAUUUACUGCAAUGGCGUGGGGUCUCCCAAAGCUGCCGGGGCUGUCAUUCUCGGACCCCACCAAGUCGCGGCACCACCUGCGCGGCUCCCUGCGCUUCCACCACGGGCACCGGUUCCCGGACACGCGGGUCACGGCGCCGGGGGGCGAGCCCACCGAUGUGGACAGCAACGCCUUCGCGCUGCCCGAUGACUCGGUCAACUACGACCCGUCGCUAACCUACGGACGCGUGAAGCAGCCGGCCCUGCCUCAAGUCAUCCCGCGCUGGGUGCACUACGACCAGCGCUGCCUCAACUUCACCGCCUUCAUGAAGCAGCCCGUGUUCGACAGCCCCGACGAGGCCUACCGCGUGCGGGUCGUCAACAUUAUAUACUUCCUGGAGGAUGAUACUAUGACGGUCAUGGAGCCGCAUGUGCAUAACUCUGGUCUCUGGCAAGGCCGCAUGGUGAAGCGCGACAAGAUUCCCAAGAACGACCUGGGCGAGAGCUGGCACUGGAAGGACCUGGACAACGGCAAGGACAUCUGCAUCUUCGGCAAGGUCUUCCACACCGUCUCCUGUGACCUCUAUACCAAGGAAUGGCUGGAGUCGCAAGGCAUAGAGUUGUCGGCGGAGGAGGAGCUGCCAGAAGACCCGUACACCGCGCGGGAGCGCUGGCGCGGCGUGCGGCCGCCGGCGAGACAGCGGCCGCGGGAGGACCGGCUGAGGCGCUUCCUGGAGUACGACGGGAAGGUGCUCGCAUUCGACUGCGUAUGGGAUAAUCGUGAAUUUGAAGAGUGCGGGGAGUUUACCAAAUACAAAUUAUGCUACUAUCUUCAGGACGACACUAUAGCAAUAAAAGAAAUUCACGACGGAAGAGGCGGGAAAGAUCCUUUCCCUUUACUUCUGAAGAAAACUAAACUUCCCAAGAAAUGGAAGGAAAAGCCUGUGGACUUCCCGUCGGCGGUGCUGGAGAUGUCGGACGCGGAGGUGGCGGAGUACUACGCGCCGCGCGACCUGCUGGUGGGCGCCACCGUGUUCGUGCUCGCGCGCCGGUUCCUGCUGUACGACUGUGACGCCUUCACCAGGCACUAUUACAAAUCGAUGUUGGGCAUUGAUCAGCCGGCGCGCGUUGAGCUGCAACAAGAGGUUAAGAAGGAAUUCAAAAAGGAGUUGCCGCCUCACAUCCACAUCGGCACGCCGGAGGACACGCUGCAGUCGUGCUUCGGCCUGGUCCCGAAGCCCCCGCCCAAGGACGUCGUCAAGUACACACUCAACGCCGCCAAGAACCUGCGCUACCUGUGCGAGCUGGUGUGGGUGCACCCGGAGGACGAGGGCCGCCAGUUCGUGCUCUCCUACAACCUCGGCGAUGGACAGGUAAAGAUAGGUGAGAUCCCGCGGCGCAACUCGGGCAUCCAGGAGGGGCGGUUCCUGUCGCCCUGCCGGCUGCCGCUGCCCGACUCCGACCCCAACUUCCCCACCUACUACACCCCGGACAAGUUCUAUAUUGGCGCCAUAGUGCACGUAUUCAAGCACCGGUUCAUCAUCACGGGCUGCGACCUGUUCGUGCACCGCUACCUGAGCGCCAACCCGGACAAGUUCCCGCCGGAGGUGAUCGACAACGUGCGCGACUACCACAUGCGAGCGGGCAACCUGAAGGACGAACUGAGGGAUGCAUGCAUCGAGGAGCAGCAGGCGGCGGCCCGCGCCCAGCUGUCCGGCGUGGGGGCGGCGGCGGUGGCGGCAUCCACCAACAUGGAGCGCUGUCUGGAGGCGCUGAACGUGCAGGACGGGUCCGCCGCGCCGCCGCGCCCGCCGACGCCGCCGACCACUACUGAUCGCAUCUCGUAUGAGGAUAGUCUGCGGUUCGCUAGACUGAGCAAGCCGACCUGCGACAACAUCACCCCUCUCAAAGGCAUCCUCAAGUCUGGCGUGCCUCGCGAAGAGCACCAGAAGGUGGUGUGCUUCAGCGGGCCCACCGCGGACGAGCCGCCGCCGCCGCUGCCCAAACACAAGUACUACCCGCCGGGGACGCAGCCGCAUUAUAAUGAGGAGGAAGACUAUUGCGACAGGUUUAAGGAACCGGGUGUAGAAGAAAGCGCGGCGCGCCGAGCUCAAAACAUCUGCGCGUAUGACGUCAUCCCCUCACCUGAGACGGUGCGGGCUGUGGGCGAAGACGUCCAGGAACAGAAGCAGCUGCCGGGCUACCUGGGCAGCCGCGGCGUGGACUGCAAGGAGGUAACGUGGACCAGGGUGUUCUGCUGUACCGCGGUGGCCGCCUGGCUACAGAGUUUCCGAACGGCGAGCGAAGGAGAUACCGGAAUACAUGCGUCUGGCGCCGGAUGCAUACAACAAGGUGAAAAGCCUUCGUCGUGACACCCCCGAGGUGUCACCGGCGGCGACCCGAGUGCAGCACCUGCCCAGGGCGCCCUUCCCUGACGUAGGUACCUGCGCCAAGCCGCCAGAGGAUAAAGGACCUUGUGCGGAGGCCAGAGAGCAGGAUGUCGCGUUCGCCUGCCCGCGCGUCGAGCCCCGCCUGCCGUGCUGUGACCCCCGGGAUAGGAACCCGAGGGAAGAGUGCUAGGAUUUGACAUGGAAUGCGAUACUGAGCGAUAGUAUUUAUUGGCCAUGAAAACUGUUGGAAUUAAUCCAGUUUUAGAUCGCGUUGCGCUAUUAUUGGACAGAGCCAGGUCCCAGGUUUCGAUGCAUAUGUUGUCAGGUUGUUUAUGAGUGCCUAGAGUCAUAAAUUAUUGUAAAGACUAUCCAAAAGUUAUCUGUGAUUAUUUAUAACAUCAUAAAUCAAACAUCGAAGCCUGGCGACUAAAUAACAAUUGAUUUACGAUACUUUAUAAUAUUCCUAACAAGAGGUCACGGUUUUUUAGUGAUGCUUUUCCUGGUUGAUAUUAAUAAGGUAGAUAUGCUCAAUUUUAUGACGUAUUUAAGUACUUUUUAUUAAUCUUGAAUAAAACAUAAAAUGCUCAAA